AUGACAUCGGCGUUUGUGUUCCCGUCCAUCCAUGCCUUUGCGCCUUUUUAUACCCUCCAGCCGAAUCCACAGACAGCCGCCGCCCAAGUAGAUUCGUGGGCGCGGCUGGUCUUGUCGUACUGUGCAGCGCACAAGCACUUUACCGUCGAAGUCGAUGGGGCCUGGGAGAGAGCGAGCGACUUGUUUUGCCACCGCGGCCUCGACCGAGCCUUGUCGCCCGACAUGAUCCGCCUGAUUCUCGCACGCUUGGUCGAGCAGGGCCGUGCCGUCUUUGAUCCGCCGCUGCCGCGCAACGUCAAGCCGAUGAAAGUGGGGAUGGUGGAAGCCGACCGUCGCAUGCAUGCUCUAAGUUUCGCUGCUGCAACGCAGGCGCCAGGCUAUCAUAUCGAGCCAGGAAGCAAAGUACUAGUAUACUGGCACACACCAGACGAAUGGGGCGAUUUACUCUACGAUUGGAUCAAAGAAACGGGCCAGAACAAAUCCGUCUUGACCGUCUAUGAAAUUGAGCAUGGCACAUUUGUACAACGUGAACAACUCCCUCACGCCAUUCUUAUGCUGGCUCUCAGGUCUCUAGCGGCUCGAGGAUGUGCACAGAUCUUCGGAGGGUCAGAGGCUACCGACGCCGAAGCAGAUGGGAAUCUCGGCAUCAAGUUUGCGUGA